AUGAUGCAACCACAAACACCCACACAACCUCAACCUAUUGAACUUCAAUCGGUCAAUCACUUACAACUUGAUGCUACAAACCAGCCUUACUAUUCGGGUAUCCCAACUGGUUUUAAUCGUGAAACAUUUUCGUCCCAUGCUCACAAGCACGUUCCUAACAGUAUUUAUUAUGAACCCAUGUUUUUAGGGGAACAGAGAAAUAACUUUCAAUUUUCAGCAAGCUCAUCAACGACCACAACAGCGGAUUCUACUGCGCCAUUUCAACCUCGCAUGGAUUAUUCCAAUUUGCAAUUUAGAUUAACGACCACUUCUAAUUAUUAUGGAGCACGACCAUCGAAUGCUUCAGUGGUCGAUGGCUAUGCAUCUUCUAGAAUUAAAAGAAGGUUUUCUCUUCCUUCAACAUUGCAAAUCGAUAAUCCACGACUCACAACAGUUGACGAAAAACCUAUAUGGUCUCCCUCAGGAGAAAAUGAGCUUAAAAAUCAAGGUAUCGAAAGUGAAUUUCAACAAGCGGUCAAAAAACAGCAAGCACGAAAAGAAGCAGAAAGCAAUUUUUUAAUCUCAAUCAUUGUUUGUAUUGUAUUCUAUUUUACAGGCCUUGGAUUUUUAUCAUGUAUGCCUUUUUAUCCUUUAUUGAAAUACCGUAAAAGCGAAGAUGCAAAGAUUAACAAAACAGGAAGGUUCGCAUUCAUUGGAUUUUUAUUGACACUCUUUUUCAACAUGUUGCUGACCACCAUUUUGGUCACGUUGUUAAUUGUUUCCAUCGUUUACGGAUCCAGGAAAUAA